AUGCUGCAAAAGACACACAACACAGGUCAGAGCACCACAACACAGGCCAGAGCACCACAACACAGGCCGGAGCACCACAACACAGGCCGGAGCACCACAACACAGGUCAGAGCACCACAACACAGGCCAGAGCACCACAACACAGGCCAGAGCACCACAACACAGGCCGGAGCACCACAACACAGGUCGGAGCACCACAACACAGGCCAGAGCACCACAACACAGGUCGGAGCACCACAACACAGGCCAGAGCACCACAACACAGGCCAGAGCACCACAACACAGGCCAGAGCACCACAACACAGGCCGGAGCACCACAACACAGGCCGGAGCACCACAACACAGGCCAGAGCACCACAACACAGGUCAGAGCACCACAACACAGGCCAGAGCACCACAACACAGGCCAGAGCACCACAACACAGGCCGGAGCACCACAACACAGGUCGGAGCACCACAACACAGGCCAGAGCACCACAACACAGGUCGGAGCACCACAACACAGGCCAGAGCACCACAACACAGCCCAGAGCACCACAACACAGCCCAGAGCACCACAACACAGCCCAGAGCACCACAACACAGCCCAGAGCACCACAACACAGCCCAGAGCACCACAACACAGGUCAGAGCACCACAACACAGGCCAGAGCGCCACAACACAGGUCAGAGCGCCACAACACAGGCCAGAGCGCCACAACACAGGUCAGAGCGCCACAACACAGGUCAGAGCACCACAACACAGGCCAGAGCACCACAACACAGGCCAGAGCACCACAACACAGCCCAGAGCACCACAACACCGCCGUAAGCACACAACACAUCGGCCCAGGAGCAACCCACAACACAAGAGCACACAACACAGGGCCGUUAGCAGCACACAACACAGGCCAGAGCACCACAACACAGUCACAGAGCAAGCCACAACACAGGCCAGAAUCUCCAGCACCACAAACACAGGUCAAACACAGAGCGCCAACACAGUCCCAGAGAGCGCCCAACACACAGGCCCACAACAGGAGCGGCCACAACACAGGCCAGAGCACCACAACACAGCCCAGAGCACCACAACACAGCCCAGAGCACCACAACACAGGUCAGAGCGCCACAACACAGGCCGGAGCGCCACAACACAGGCCGGAGCGCCACAACACAGGUCAGAGCGCCACAACACAGGUCAGAGCGCCACAACACAGGCCAGAGCGCCACAACACAGGCCAGGGCACCACAACACAGGCCAGAGCACCACAACACAGCCCAGAGCACCACAACAUCUCUCAAAGAAAAAGGUACAGACGAUAG